AUGGAGCGGGAGAAAUUUGCCAUGCGCGACGGGUAUCCUGUGCAAAAGUAUCGUACUCGUAGUAGUUGCGUUUAUGCAUUACAAAUCUCUUUCUCAAGUCGAAUCAGCAUUACAAAUUCAAUUUGUAAUGCUGGGCUAAUUUGUAUACUAGUAUGAUGCUUUUGCAUUGCAUAACGGGGAGAAGGACGAGGAGAAUUAUCACAUGCUGAACGUGUUGUUUGGGGAGAAAAUCAAUAAAGGUGUGCAUGGGAAGACGAACGAAGAGAUGAUGUGGGAGGAUCAUGUUGUCGUCGCAGAAUCAUGUGGACGACGCAGCUGCGAAAUAAACCGCGACAAGGAUUCCGAUUCUUGUCCUCUAGUACCGGCACAAAACCAAGAAGAGGCAAUGUCUCCGUGGUCCACCGUCGUUGGGUCUUCCAAGUCAUUAAUCAGCCAGCAUAUGGGUCUCCACCGGGUUCUGGACGAAAUGCACAUACUGCAGUGGGAAAAAUGCAAAGGACCGCUUUCGUCGCAAAUGAGAGCGGCAGAUGGACCACGAGCGGAGGAGCAAUGUGAAGAUCCUUACAAUAAUG